GCCAUGUUGCCGCGAGCUUGUUCCGGUAUCAGGGCAGGAUCGUGCGCAUAGACUGCAAUCGGGCGCAGCUCCUCGCCUCUCUCCCCCUGUCGCCCGUGACACGCACCUCCUAACGAGAAAACCCCAGUUUACCGAUAAUGGAUUUUACAACUUGAUGAUUCCCUCUUCAGUCGGCUGGUGUCGGGAAUAAUAGGAGUCGGUGUACCGACAGGACGAACUGGUAUAUCGCCACACUGCAGUGCAGCACUGUUGAACGACCUUAUUCCAAUCACGCAACACAAGGAAGAGCGCCGGUGAUUUCCGUGGAUUUUGAGUUUUGUGGGUUGCUCUGUGGCAGUCACCGCCGCUGCGGCCGCAGGAGGAUAAGCUAACUAGCUAGCUUUGCCUCCAAAGAAACACUGAAUUAACGUUAGCUAGCUACAUGGGCUAGUAUUGGUCAGCCAGUUAGCUAGCGCAACAGAUUAAUUCGUGUUUCUCAUCUGCCAUGUGACCAUUUUACAUGGUGCUGCUUUUAUUUUUUGGAUACCCUACCCUGGAUAUCUCGCUGGGAACAUUUUGAAUUGUUUUGUGUGAGUUGGGAAGGUCGAGACCUCGCCGGGAAUAACUUUGGCCUGAAAGUUUGCAGACCCCGGACCUGGUUUCAAAUCUGAAAGGAAACAUCUCUGCCACAAAAGGAGAAAAAAAAGCGUCGACACUUCGUUAUGAAAACGACGCUGGAUAAACAUUUUUUAUAGAUUUCGGCGACAGUCGGGGCUUUCUCAGACGUUUGUUAGCAGCCGUACAGGUUAGCAUGCUAGCCACCUAAUUGAACCUUGUCUUGUUCAACACAACCAUUGCCCCAACUUUUCUUCAAGCUAGCCCAAGUCGCUAGCUGGCCAAAACGUCAGAGCAUCAGGUUGGUAGCUAGCUCGCCGGUCACCAUCGACAUUGAUAAAUGCUAAUUAGGAAGUGAAUGUCUUCACAUCAAGACCGAAGCUAAAGAGGACAUUUUGCUUUUUCCCGUUUUGUGCUUGUUGACAAACAUGGGACGUGCGGUUGCUGCUAGCUAGUUUCUAGCUAGCUGGCUAACUCGGCUAGCCGCUGAUGUGGGAUUCAACUUGUUGAUUCACGGGCUAUCUGUCGUGCUGCUAGCUGGCUAGCACUGGACAUCCGUUGGAAAUUUUCCUCCACCAUCAGCUAGACCGAUUUUAAAUGCACAAUAGACACUGAAUAAUCGUUUUUGUUUCACUGUUCCUCUCCCCCCUUUUUUGGCAACUUCAAGUCUUUCAAAAAUGUCAACAAGGCCCCCACUGGUGCAAGUUAUUGAAAAUUCGACCGGGCAGGAGACCAAAUCAUCCGGUCGUUCCAGCAUGCCGCGAUGUCGGAACUCCGUUGCCACGACCGCAUCAGAUGACCAGCCGCACAUUGGUAACUAUCGGUUGCUAAAAACCAUCGGCAAAGGCAACUUCGCCAAGGUCAAACUGGCACGACAUGUCCUCACCGGAAAAGAGGUGGCUGUAAAGAUCAUUGAUAAGACACAGCUCAACUCCUCCAGUUUGCAGAAGCUCUUCCGGGAGGUGAGGAUCAUGAAGAUGUUGAAUCACCCCAACAUAGUCAAGCUCUUUGAGGUGAUAGAGACAGAGAAGACCUUGUACCUCGUAAUGGAGUACGCUAGUGGAGGAGAGGUCUUUGAUUACUUGGUGGCCCAUGGCAGGAUGAAGGAGAAAGAAGCCCGUGCCAAAUUCAGACAGAUUGUGUCAGCUGUGCAGUAUUGCCAUCAGAAGUGUAUAGUACACAGAGACCUCAAGGCGGAGAACCUGCUGCUGGACGCAGACAUGAACAUCAAGAUAGCAGACUUUGGCUUCAGUAAUGAGUUCACUCUCGGGAACAAGCUGGACACGUUCUGCGGCUCCCCGCCCUACGCCGCCCCAGAGCUGUUCCAGGGCAAGAAGUACGACGGGCCGGAGGUGGAUGUGUGGAGCCUGGGGGUGAUCCUCUACACACUGGUCAGCGGCUCGCUGCCCUUUGAUGGACAAAACCUCAAGGAACUGAGAGAGCGCGUGCUGCGUGGUAAAUACAGGAUUCCUUUCUACAUGUCCACCGACUGCGAGAACUUGCUCAAAAAGUUCCUCAUUCUGAACCCCUCCAAAAGAGGCAGCCUCGAGCAGCAGAUAAUGAGGGACCGGUGGAUGAAUGUGGGCCAUGAGGACGAAGAACUCAAACCCUACGUCGAACCCCAACCAGAUUAUAAGGACCCCAGGAGGACAGACAUCAUGCUGCAGAUGGGAUUCUCUCAGGAUGAGAUUCAGGACUCGCUGGUGAACCAGAAGUACAAUGAUGUGAUGGCUGCAUACCUGCUACUGGACUAUAGGAACUCUGAGCUGGAUGAAGGUGGCAUCAAGCCCCGGCCAGGAAGUGAUGUAAGCAACAUAAACGCCCCCUCCCCGCCCCACAAGGUACAGCGCAGUGUGUCGUCCAACCAGAAGCCUCAGAACCGCAGAGCCACCGACCAGGGCUCCUCCUACUCUAAGAGGGGGGGUCAGUCAGACAACCGGACUGCAGGGGAGGAUUCUGGGAGGAAAGGUUCAUCAGGCAGCUCCACUACCAAGGUGCCAGCUAGUCCCCUGGUCUCCUCUGACCGCAAGAAGAGCGCCACGCCCUCCACCAAUAGUAUCCUGUCCACCGGUACUGGCCGCAGUCGGAACUCUCCUCUGACUGAGAGAGCCACGCUGGGCCAGGGCAUCCAGAACGGCAAGGACAGCCUAAACACUCCGGGCUCCCGCGCCUCCACUGCCUCGGCCGCUGCCGUCCUCUCCUCCUCCUCCUCGCGUCCCCGCCACCACAAGUCCCUGUCCUCCUCCAAUCAUCCAUGCCCCUCUGACCUGCACGCACCACGGCCCAGUGCCCCACCUCAGCGGGCGCCCGGUGCCUCCCCGUCUGCCCACAACAUCAGCAGCGCCGCCGUGUCAGACCGUACCAACUUCUCCCGAGGGGUGGGCAUACGCAGCACAUUCCACGCGGGCCAGCAGCGGGGUGCCCGGGACCAGCAGGGCUCCGCCUACCCCGGCGGGCCCGCGUCCCCGUCACUGUCACAUGGCAACAGCCAGGCCCGGAGGACACACGGCGCCACAGGGAUUUUCAGCAAGUUCACAUCCAAGUUUGUACGCAGAAAUCUGUCGUUCAGGUUUCCGAGAAGGAGUCCGUAUGAGGGAGAGGGUCGGGAUGAGGGGAGCAGGUCUAUGCUGAGCAGCACAGUGGACAAGUCAGAGAAGACGUCUGGCGGUGUUCUCUCCUCUUCUUCCAACAACGAUGAGAACAACUCCUCACCAGGAUCUGGUAACACUGGUGGCACCGGCACCCCUCCGGCCAUCGGCAGCCAGAAGGACUCUGCCAAGCCGCGCUCCCUUCGCUUCACCUGGUCCAUGAAGACCACGUCGUCCAUGGAGCCCAUGGAGAUGAUGCGGGAGAUCCGCAAGGUGCUUGACUCCAACAGCUGCGAGUACGAGCUGCGCGAGCGCUACAUGCUGCUGUGCGUGUCGGGCAACCCGGCGCGCGACGACUUCGUCCAGUGGGAGAUGGAGGUGUGCAAGCUGCCGCGGCUCUCCCUCAACGGCGUGCGCUUCAAACGGAUCUCAGGCACGUCUAUCGCCUUCAAGAACAUUGCCUCAAAGAUUGCCAACGAGCUCAAACUGUGAGUGCGGAGGAGCAGCGAGGAGAGAUGAGAUUAAAGGAUGGAGGUGGAGGUGGGAGGGUGAAGGGGGUGAUAGUGAGGAUGAUGCUGUAAGCGGGUUGGGGGCACCGUGGAGGUCAGGAGGUAAGCUAAAGGGCGGGAUCACUUUAAAAAUAACACGAUUGUUAUCUGGACAAAAGGUCUGACGUAGGGCUAUCGGUUCUCUGAGACUAGAAAACGUUUCUUUUCUAGAAGUUUUGUUCCUUAAGUUCACGAGGCCCUGCCAUUAGAAACUGAGUCGAUUUCCUCUGAGUUGUGAAGUACUUAUAGACCGAGGUCUUCUUCUCUCUUCCCUGCUGGGUUUUUUUUUUUUUUUCUUUUGUCACGUUCUACUUAGACGUUCCACUCUUCUGCAUGUCCGAUCUGCUCUCUCUGUUUUUUAGUAGUCACACUUUGAUCACUUUGACCACUCCUGUCACUUCUUCCUGCUAUUUAUUCAGUUUUUCUGCACGGCUCUGCUGCCAGGUCUGUUUGGGUGGGAGGGAAAGCGGGUAAAAAAAAAAAUGGGAGUUGGACGGAGGACAAAGAGAACGGAGCAAUCGCUGAAAAAAACUUUCUGCUUUCUCUCUGAAUCUCUAACAAGUGAUGACGAUUGACAGGAAGUGCGGAGCCUUGUUUUGCUGGAAAACUCAAAGGAGUUUUGAUUGGAUGUGUUCUGAUUCUCCUCCAAAAAGUGAAUGGACUCCAACUGAGCCAGGACUUUGGUCGCUGAAGCCCACUGUCUCACAUACACACACACUCACUCAGACACACACACACACACUUGGACUCACACACCUUUAGAUGGACUUUUGUUGGAAGAACUUUGCUGUUGUUGGUUAAAGGACCCUCUCCACCUGCCCACCCAAGCCUCCCCUCCCACCCCAAAAUGAACUUUUGAAAAUCCACUUGAUCCAUCCUUCCACCACCUCCCUCUUCCCCUCACAAACACACACAAACACACACACUCACUUCACCACCCUCUCUCCCUCUAAUUUCGAACUGAACUCAGCACAAACACAUCCAUUGUUUUGCCUCUUCACUCCCUUUUUCUUCAUUUUGAUUUCCGUCAAGUCCGAGGAGUCCAGUUCGACUUGAUGUCAUCGAUGUACGGGCUUAAACCUGGCUUCAAGUCUUCUUUUUUUUUUUUUUCUUUUUUUUUUCCCAUUUAGUUUCUUCUUUUAUGGCUUUUAAAAAAGAGUUGUGCACUGGAAAAGAGAGGCAUAUGGGAAACUGGGGAGGGAAGGACAGUUCACAGACGGGGGGUGUCGAUGGAUUUUAUGUUGCCUUUCUUUGUAGAAUUAAAUUUGGGGUUUUGUUUUUGUUGUCAGCACAUAAAUGCUCGAAUGAUUUUAUUUGUACUUUUUUUUUCUUUUUUUUAAAAUGUUGGUAUCACUUUGGUUGGCAUCAUGCCUUCAUAUCCAGAAUGUCAACCCUGAACCAACGCAUUUCUUGUCCCCUGUUUCUCCCCCCCCUCACCCACCCACACAUCUUUUCUCUGCUACACGUGUUCCCAAAGAGCAAACACACGAAAACGGUGUCUUUGGAGUAUGUAACAAACAGUAUGUGUGUGUGUGUGAGUGUAUUAAAAAAAGAUCACUGGAAAAAAAAUAACAAAACAAACAAAAAAAAAGAAGAAUCGACAACGAUGACAACGAAUGGUGAAUUAUUUUCUUCUUCUACUUUUGAUUUGAUAAUAUAUUUUUGUGUCGUUGGAAAUUUUGGGUUGUACAGAUUUGGAUUUUUCGGGUCAGGGGGGACGGGGGGGUGGACGGGGUGUGAAGGGUCACGUCGGAUCAUAUCAUUGCUGCCUUUUUGGUGUAGUGCACCUUUAACACACACUCAUUAAACACAAAGCUCAUUGCGUAUUGCAUUAAACCCCACCCCCAAGUGCAGACAGCAGUUAUCAGUGUAUUUAAUGAUGUUGAUGGUGGUGGUGACGACUACUGCUCGUUCAUUUUUGGCCAUUUUUUUCUUUCUUUUUUUCCAUCUGUCUGUUCUUUUAAAGGCCUUAUUGGUCCAGAAUGGCUUGAAGCAGAGAGAAGAGACCUCUUCGCCAAAUCGUUCUCAUAUCAGAGCACACGUUCACGUUCAGUACCACGAACCAGAAGACGUCACUUCCUUUCUCUCACUUUUACGUUGAUGCUCCAGUUUGUCAAAGUCGAAGAAAGAAAAACCACACACACACA